CUUGAAAGUAAUUUUCGCGCGAGUGGGCGGCGUUUAUACUAAUGAGGCCGGGGAAGGAGGCUGGCACUGCCAAGAUGGCGACGGAAAGGAGUCGCUCUCCGGUGGGGGGCUCGCCAGUGCCGGCCUCGAUGUUCGCCCCAGAGCCCGUGGCUCACGGUGGGACAGUGGCGGCUUUCUCCGGGCCUCACGGCGGCGUCCCAGAAGUUGACUGCAGCGAGGACGGCGAGCUGCUCAAUGGAGAGCCGGAGCUCGAUCUUACCAGCAAGCUAGUAAUGGUGAGCCCAACAUCCGAACAGUAUGAUAGUUUACUCCGACAGAUGUGGGAGAGGAUGGAUGAAGGAUGUGGAGAGACCAUCUAUGUUAUUGGUCAAGGGUCAGAUGGGACUGACUAUGGGCUUAGUGAUGGAGACAUGGAAGCUUCCUAUGCCACAGUGAAGAGCAUGGCAGAACAAAUAGAUGCUGAUGUAAUUCUCUUGCGAGAGCACCAAGAAGCAGGAGGCAAAGUGCGUGAUUAUUUGGUACGGAAACGUGUGGGUGACAACGAUUUCCUAGAGGUCAGGGUAGCGGUGGUUGGCAAUGUGGAUGCUGGGAAGAGCACUUUGCUGGGUGUUCUUACCCAUGGCGAACUGGACAAUGGACGUGGUUUUGCUCGGCAAAAACUUUUUCGCCACAAGCAUGAGAUUGAGUCAGGCCGUACCAGCAGUGUGGGCAAUGACAUUUUGGGCUUCGACAGCGAAGGCAAUGUUGUGAACAAGCCUGACAGCCACGGUGGGAGUUUGGAGUGGACCAAGAUUUGUGAGAAAUCAACAAAAGUCAUAACCUUCAUUGAUCUGGCUGGGCAUGAGAAGUACUUGAAGACUACAGUCUUUGGCAUGACUGGGCAUCUCCCUGAUUUUUGCAUGCUAAUGGUUGGCAGCAAUGCUGGAAUUGUUGGGAUGACCAAGGAGCACCUAGGUCUGGCACUGGCGCUAAAUGUUCCAGUCUUUGUGGUGGUGACCAAGAUUGAUAUGUGUCCUGCUAACAUACUUCAAGAAACUCUGAAGCUCCUGCAACGACUUUUGAAGUCCCCAGGAUGCAGGAAGAUCCCGGUGUUGGUCCAGAGCAAAGAUGAUGUUAUCGUUACUGCCUCCAAUUUCAGCUCUGAAAGGAUGUGCCCAAUCUUCCAGAUUUCCAAUGUCACUGGUGAGAAUUUGGAAUUGCUGAAGAUGUUUCUCAAUCUCCUGUCUCCAAGGACAAGUUACCGGGAGGAAGAACCUGCGGAAUUCCAGAUAGAUGACACUUAUUCUGUGCCAGGUGUUGGAACAGUGGUGUCUGGGACAACCCUGAGAGGCCUAAUCAAGUUAAAUGACACUUUGCUUCUGGGCCCAGAUCCGCUCGGCAACUUCUUGCCUAUUGCAGUGAAAUCCAUCCAUCGCAAGCGCAUGCCAGUCAAAGAGGUGCGGGGUGGUCAGACUGCUUCCUUUGCUCUGAAAAAGAUCAAACGCUCCUCUAUCAGGAAAGGCAUGGUGAUGGUAUCACCUCGGUUGAAUCCUCAAGCCUCUUGGGAAUUUGAAGCAGAGAUUCUGGUACUUCACCAUCCUACCACUAUCAGUCCACGUUAUCAGGCAAUGGUACAUUGUGGUAGCAUUCGCCAGACAGCCACUAUCCUUAGCAUGGACAAAGACUGCCUGCGCACUGGGGAUAAAGCCACUGUCCACUUCCGCUUCAUCAAGACUCCAGAGUACUUGCACAUAGACCAGCGGCUGGUUUUUCGUGAGGGGCGUACCAAAGCUGUUGGCACUAUCACCAAGUUACUCCAGACCACCAAUAAUUCUCCUAUGAACUCAAAGCCCCAGCAAAUAAAGAUGCAGUCUACAAAGAAAGGACCCUUGACCAAGCGCGAAGAGAGUGGAGCCCAGGCUGGCAUAGCAGUGCUGACUUCCACUCUGGCAGAGGAUGCAGCGUCACUAGCAACAGUUGCCCCAGCACCAUCUGGUGCUCAACAACCACAGCCUGCAUUGGAUGAAGAACCCCACAAUCAAGAGGGAAAUAAGGCGAAGGUUGGAGGUGGUGGCCGGAGGCGUGGUGGCCAGCGUCAUAAAGUGAAAUCUCAAGCAGUUAUUGUGACUCCAGCUGGUGGCUGCUGAACAUCUUUUCAGUAAUUGAGAAACUCACAUCUCCCCCUCCAUUUCUUCAAUUCAGAAACCCGGAGCAGCUUAACCAAAAUCGUUUGCAGCUGAUCUUCUACUGUGGAAGAUUGGGGGGAGGGGAGGAAGUUCCAGGGAAUGUGGGUUUUCCAUUGAAGCUAAUGAAGGUGACAAAAAACAGUGGGACUGACCUGCAGCCACCUUCUCCCUUUUCCUAAAACAUUUUGUACACCUCAAGCUGUUAGUCAUGAUUUUCAUGUUUUUAUUAUGGUGGUUUGUAUGUGAGUGUGCUUGUGAGCAUGUGCAUUCAAGAGAAUACAGGUAUAGAAAAGAAAGUACCUGUGUCUUCUCCAUUCUCAUGUUCAUCAUUAGGUUAGCUAACUUACUCUUUUGCAGUUGGGAAUUUCUGAAAUCCCAAGUCUUUAAGAGUAUGAAUAUGUGAUAUUUGGCUGGGAGGAGAUAGCAGUUCUUCCCAUGUUUCCAAUGGUUUGAAACAGAUACUAGGUCUCGUUGUAAUUUCACCAUGACCAUAGUUGGUAACUGUCACAAAGGAAACCUCCCAAACCAGCCUCAUCCCAAAUCUUAGAUUUCAGUGAAAUCCUAGAAGUGUGUAUUUGUAAGCUUGUUUGCAUGCACUUCAUCCUUCUGAAAGAAAAGGAGAAUUUUGAAAGUGAGAUUUGGAGGCUGAAGAGAAUUUCAUAUUUUGUAUAUUAUGUUCAGAAUUUAUCUUUUUUCCUACAGAGCAAACUGUAGAGGCUUCUUUAUUACCAGCUGCAUGCUAUAUCUAGUUUUGCACCCAGCUAUGUGGGCACAUUAGGAACAAGAGAGCAAGAGUGCAAGGUUGUUUCUGGUUAUUUGCCCAUUUAUUUUCAUGGCUUCCAAACCAAUUUGAAGGCCACAUUUCCUACCUACCAGGAAUAGAUGCUAUUGACGGCCUCUGCAUAUUCAGCUCCCUUCAUAUUGCAGAAAUAACUGCCUGUUUAAUUAAUUUAAUGCUUUAGAAAUCAACUUAGAAACUUGUUUCAGUAUCUCCAUAUUUUUCCUGUGGCAGUUACAGAGAUUUCAUAAAGAUGGGCUGAGGUAUCUUGAAUCCAUCAUUAAAAUUUAAAGUCAUAGUUGUGAUUUUAUAACUUUAGUAGCGUGUCUCUUCAAAGCACGCAUUCUUGAACUGACUUAUUUUAACUGCAUCAUGUUUUUAAAAAGGAGAAAGCAUGAAAAAAAUUGUGGUUUGUAGUUAACUGGUUUGUAACUUUGAAUAGCAUUUUUCCCUACAAUGUAGUGUUUCUUAGAUUUAUUCCAUCCUAACCAUUUUUGGAAUGACCAGUCUUUUUUAAGUUAUAAACAUUAAAGAGCAGGUAGGACUACUUAUGCCAUCUUCCUAAAUUUGAUGCGCUGUACAUCUGUUGAAUUACAAUUCUCCAGCAAGCAUGAUUAAUAAAUAUGCUGUAUGGGAUUCAUGGAAAUUGCAGACCAAUCUAUCUUGAAGACGCCAGAUUAAGGAAAGUUGCUAUACCUGUCUUGCUUUUUGAACAUGAUGCUCAGCACCUACAGCAUUAAGAGCACCCUGUAAGGACAAAUCAGUAUGAGGAUGAUUAAUGCAAAGUAGCAACCUGUGCUAUUGCUUUUUACCCUGUAUUAUAUCUGUCUCCUUUACCUUCCAAUAUCAAGGGAAGCAGAGGCUUUAGUCUGGUGUCUUCUUUACUUCAUUUCUUUGUUCAGAAAGAUGAUUGUACAAUGCUGGCAAGCAUUAAGAAAGUCACAGUGCUGUGUUCUCCUUUUUGAGCCGCACAUAAGGACUACUGAGGCUGGCAUGGUGUCAACAUUAAAAAGAACAAUUUGGUAAAAAAAAGAAAAUCUUGUUCUCUCCAUUUUAAAGGAAAUGAGGUACUACUUCACUAAUCCUGGUUCAUAAAAUGUAAAUCAGGUUAGAUGUAAUUUGUAAAUAGGUUUUGUAUGGCUGAAGUUUCUUCUCUGAAAAGUCUUGAAAGCUAGCUGGUUGUUCUCCUGAGCUGGAGAUUAUUAAAUACUUCCAGAACCUUGUAGAAAAUCAAAUUGACAAAAGAAACUUGUGCCAUAAGAAAACUCCUGCUGAAUCAAAUAUGCCUUUUUCUAUAUUGUGACUGAAGGGGGAGUUCAAAAGCAUGAGCAAAGUCAGGUUUUAUGACUGGUAUUUAGCAAAUGCUGCCUUUCAUUCUGAAGGUAUUAUACUUUCACUGAAACCAGUAGCUAUUGAUAAGCUAGUCCUCUACAGAUUUGACUAGCUUUUUAAAAAAAGAUCUAAACCAGUAUCACGAAUCACAUUCAUCUAUAGAAGCAAAUUCUAUGUGCUUUAUAAAGAACUAUCUUGCAUCUCCCUGAGUUUCACACUGAUGCAUGAUUGCCAAGUUCUGGUAUUUUAGGAAAUUUUUUACAUAGCUUUUAUAUGCAUUUAUCAAUUUUUAAAUGAAAAAUAGUUUGUAGUCUUUUCAAGCUAAAAGACAGCUUAAUUAUUUUGGGUAUCCUAUUCACAUCCUUCCUAGCUCUACAAAAGAAAUGCAAUGACCAGAACUGUAUGAAGUAUUCCAAGGGCUAUUCAUAACAGCUGUUCAUAAGAAAUGUGCACAAUUAAAAAAUAAGUUCAAAGCUAUUGCUAUUUCAAAAACCUCAGAUUGGAAAAGUUGCAAUCCUGAUUUUAGUUAAUCCUUGACAUCAAAUGUUUUCUUAAAAUUAAACUACAGUAGUUUAAACAGCAGUAUAAAUUGCUUUUUUAAUUAUGUAACCUUUUCAGCAGAUUGGCCUUUCUCCGGUCCCUUCUAUCAUAGGAGAAUUGUAUUGAUGUAUGAGAGGGGGAUAUCUGUAUGCAUAUGGUCUGUGGUCUGUUUGACAGAAACCUUUAGUGCCAUUAUUCUUUGAUCAGAAUUUUUAUUCUACUGUACUUCUACUUUACUCCUCCCUGACACACAAAAACUCCCUUAUUCACUAAUGACUAGUUUCGCCACAUGUAAGAAAAAUCAUUUAUUGAUUUAUCUUGCAUAGGUAUAAAUUACAACAAAAAUAGCAGACUGUGUAACAUUUGUAACCUAUAGACAUAGAUACACUCCUCCCGACCCUCAAUACAAAUAGAUUUCUUAGGAGUAGGACUUAUUAAUACAACCAUUAAUCUGUGGGGUACCUUCCUAAGGACAAAAAUAAGUCUGGAGAAGUCAUAUUUUUCAUAUUUCACUUCUUUAUCCACUUGAAAAACAUCCUGUAUGAAAGCAUUUCUGAUGGUAACCUUUGCAUAUGUAUUGUUAUAGUUACUAUAAUGCUUCCCAGUCAGCAGUCUUAAUUAGCCAUCUGUACUUUAGUAUCUUCAAAUGUAUGACUCCUAUGAGUGGUCUGUGGCUAUGUGAAAAAGGUUAGGUGUGCAAGUAGUGAGAGCAGUUGCAUGCAAAUGACAGGUGAAGGCACUGGCACCAUAAAAGUGUAAUACUUGUAAGGCAGGAGUGGGAAACAAUGGUCCCUUUAUAACCUGUGCACUUCAACUCCCAGAAUUCCUGAGCCAGCCAUGCUGGCUCAGGAAUUCUGGGAGCCGUAGUCCACAGGUCAGAAAGGGGGCAUCGUUCCCCACAUCACUGUUGAUUUGGUACCACUGGAUUUUCAGUCUGGUUGUAUUUUACAACAUGUUUAAAUUAAAAGGCUUGGUUAAUAAAUGCACAUGUGUAGCUAUAUCAUCCCUACCAUAUGGAGCUCUUAAACCAAACUUACUGGUUGAACCAAAAUGGUGUCCAGAAAUUAACUUAAAAUAAAACUUAAUCUCAGGCCCCAGAUUGGAGAGCCUCCAAGUGAGGCACCUGGACAUGAUGAUAAGCCAUGAAGUUUGACUACAGGACAAUAAGAUCAGGUGGGCAUAAAAUACUAGGAAGUGCUCCUUAAUUAAGCCUUUUAACUUUUGUAUGUCACAAGAAUACAACUGCUAUUUACCUUCACAAUAUUUAUCUUUCUCAAUAUUGUUCCAUUAUUUCACAAAACCACCGUUUGUUCAUUGUGUCAUAUUAAAUCGUAGAUUAAUCAGAUAUCUUGAAAAUGCA